UGUGAUUAUGCAAAURAUGACCCUUUUGUUGUAGUGGUGUUCAACCGUUGAGUAGCACUAAGAUGCAUGAUUGAAUAUGUAAAUUGCAUYGUCUCGACUUGCAGUGAUWUUUUAGAUACAAAUCUCCAGUACCUUCAAACAUUUUAUGAAGCAAUAASUACGAAGAAAUGUCAGUGGUCUGAUCRCUAACAUCACGGAUUACGGUCCCAAAGCUUGUACACCUUUUGUUCGGAGAAAAAGAAGUGUGAAUUCAUAACAUAAUUAGAUAUUGGUAAUGAUGGAAUSGUCAGCAUCAAAGAAAGAUGAACACGGUAAAGACAGUAAAGUUCUUCACAUUUCCUUUUUCGUCUGGGGAGCUCUUUUGUACGGGUUUGAAUCAGUUCCAUCCUCUGGGGCACAAGAUAUUCUUGCUGGCACACAACUGCAAACGUCGACAGUAUUCAUCUGUUGGAUAUCUGGGACUCUGAUAGGAGUUGCAUUGGGGCCUUACGCCUUGAUAAAGAUUCCUCGCAUAUUAUCGACUUCACUUACCGUUCUUCUUAUGUUUUCUGGAGUUCUUAUGAUUGGAAUUGGUACUAACGUAAAUACUAAGUUAAUUGGCGUCGCUCUGAAUGGCCUUGGAACUGGUUUUGGUAAUUCAGCCGUUCUUUCUUUUUCAACGUUAUUUCGUAGUGACCAUAUUCGACAAGCUUAUUCGUCUGGAACAGCAGUGGGUUAUUUGAUUGGAAUAUCGUAUUAUGCAGCUAUGACGACAUGGAUCUGUGUGUCUCCCACAAUAACCCUUCUUAUCAUGACCCCGUUGAGUCUUCUUGCCUUUCCUUGCUUUUACGUUAUUAAUAAAAAUCUUGACAUCAAGAUCAGUCGCAACGUCAUCUACACCAAACUUCAAAACUCAAGUGCAAGUGGCACAGGMGAGAAAAUCGACAACAGCAAAGUGACGAUCAAGACUAAACUGUCCGCCAUUAUGACUUUGUGUAUUUAUAUUGCUGCUCCUACUUUCUUAGGAUUUUUCUCAGAAUACCUAUUAAUACAAUCAAUGGUGUCUACYCUAGCCUAUGAAAACUCUCCUUUUAGACCACGUGACCAUUUUCAAUAUUAUUACAUAAUUUUGUGGUUUGGGGAGGUCAUCGCAAGAUCCCAUCGUGCAAUUCUUGGAGCAAUCAACGCCAAGUACCUAUACACCGUCACAUUAAAAAACCUGUGGAUUCUGGCUAUCAUUGAAGUUUUACACAUGCUAGUUCUAUUUUGUGAGGCCUGGUAUCGCUUUCUGCCUGGUGUUGGAAUAGUUCUACUUCUCUGUUUUACKGCAGGUGUUUUCAUAGGUAUGCUUUUUACAAAUUCUAUGGAACUCCAUUACUGUAAUCUUCAAGAGAAAGAAAGGGAAUUUGGGAUGGGGCUUUCUAUCGUUCCAUUGACCUUAGGUAUUCUAGUCGCUGGAUUAUUGGCUUUUUCGGUGGAAAUCCAACUUAAAGAACACUGUACGGCCACCUUGGCCACCUAUGAAUAUUGUUCUACAAGAUCUUCAUCUUUUAAAGACGUAGCCUUGAAAUGUGGAACCUAAAAAUGGUAGCCUGAGAUAAACUACCAAAGCAAACAGGCAAUGACAGUACUAUGUUGCUAGUUGUUAAUUAUGAUAAUACCAUGAUCUCGGAUUCAUUGAAUAAAUUAAAUAGAGGGAAAUUUAGUAAAAGACAAAAGAAUCCUUUAGAACGAUUUCACAUAACCGGAUAAAAAAUGCAAAUCGAGAUCAAUUUAUGCUAAUACACAUUACGUGAUGAGAAAAGCUUGUAUCAAAUUGCUGUCAAUGUUUGCAAAAACUAGACACAAAAAUGUUUUGAUUUUUUUUAAAUUUCACGUUACGAAGUGUUACCUUAGUGUGCACGUUGGAAUGUUUKUAAAAGCAAAAAAAUGUUUUAUUAGUGCAAUUUUGGCUGCUUAUGUUGUCGUUUUAUUCAUUUUUAAAAAGCUUAAGAGAACUAACGUCAGUGAGCUUGAGCGCACGUUUGUCUUAGAACACUGGAAAAAAUCAUUUACAUCAAAUUUACAGAAUUCUGGACACUUACAUCAUAUUUACAUCAAAUUUACAACCUUUAAAGCGCUCGAUUUUUUCCAGUGAAUGCUACCAAAAGUGCAAGGGGAAUGACUGGGAUAGCGUUGUUGCGCUGUGCAAGGCAACGAUAGUCAACACUGGACUCCCAGAUCGAGUUGUUCAGUUUUACUUUGAGAGUGGUAAUGAGCAAUUUAUCACGAAGACUGAGCGAAAGGGACAAUCAAAAAGAUCAUAUCUGAUCCAGUACACACCACAGCACAGUGCAAAUCAAUUCGGUGUCGAAUGAAAUUGUGACAAAACGACCAGAACCAGACGAUAAUUCAACACAAGAGUUAGAAAUGAAAUAUGCAGGCAAGAAGACACCYAAAGAGAGGAGAAAGGAUGCCGUGAAGAAAAAGCUUGAGUGUGAUUUUGCACGUUUGUUAUGAUUUAAUUGAUAUUUAAAACAUAUCUGUACGUCAAAUAAGUAAAGUGUUCAUCAAAUUCCUCGUUGUUCCACGUGUCAAAUCGUGUUUUGCGAAUUAGCAUAAAUUGAUCCUCAUUAGCAUUUUUUAUCCGUUUAUGUGAAAUCGUUCUCUAGYUGUGAUCUACCUUAAUCGGCAGCCAAUGUGAAUCGAAUGUUGUUUUCGAAAUAUUGCAAUGUUUUUGGCACAAACGCAUCCAUACAUAUCUCAUGUUCCAGCUCGGUUUUCUGUUUCUGAAUGAGACGUGGCUGUCUGACAAGUGUUGUUGUCAAAAGCACAACAUGCAAACAAGGCCGGUGAAGGUUUGAUUGCUAAAUAUUUAUUUUUGAGAUAUUAAGAUAUUUUGCAUUUCGUAAUCUUUGAUCGUGCUUUUUAUAAUAAUCACUUAUUUUCUCGUAUUCUGAUUGGUUGAUAUCCAUUGUCGAUAAGAGCACAUGUUAUAGUGCUAGUUAAUAGUUAACUAAUGUAAUCGGAGAGUUGCGAUGAUUGGCAAUACAAAAGGAGAGCAAGCGAACGCAUGUUUAUGUAGUCUUAUGUAGUACUUUUGUAAGUUGCUUCACCAAAAUAAAGAGUAUAGUCUGAAGCAUUGGGGUCGUUCGUAGAGGUAUAACAUAAUUUGGCGACCACGCCAGGACGGCAUCUACGCUGAAAGACGCUGACGAAGAUUAUAAAGACGGAAAGACCACUCAAGAACCAGUGAAUUACAGUCAACUCCAGCGGAGAAAGAUAGCGCUUUACCGGCAGUUAGAACCCCCGUAACAGCCAUCGAAGGAGUAGGAUUGAUGCUAUGCUCAUUCGGAGCGAGGUGAGUGGCCAAAACCAAGGAAUA